GCCUCUCUUUCUCUCUCCCCACUCUCUCUCGAAUCAUAAAAAUUAGUUCUUUUUUCUUGUUAGGGUUUUAGGAAGAAGAAAAACCAAAAAUGGCGUCGAGGGUUGCUCUGAAGGGAAAGGGAAAGACGACCAAAGGGUCAAAGGGCUCGAAUGAGCAAUCAACCAUUCAGGCUUUCAAGGAGUGGACCACUUGGACUGUGAAGAAGGCCAAGGUCAUUGUUCAUUACGGCUUUAUUCCCGCUGUGAUCAUCAUCGGCAUGAACUCCGAGCCAAAGCCUCACCUCUCUCAGCUUCUCAGCCCCGUUUGAUUUGGUCACAGCGGUUCUCGCCUUUGUAACCCAGGUUUCAAUUUGGGAUUUUCUGUUAUGGGUAUCUCCCUAUUAGUCGAUUCGACUUCGUUUCCAAUAGUAUGAUUUAGGUUUUCUAUUUUGUGUAAUGGAUCUUGUGAAACAAAAAAGUUUAGAUUUUUAAUAUGUAUUUCGAUUUAUUACAUGAUUUCUUUUGCUUGUAUUGGAUGAUUGAGGGAAUUAGUGAGAUGGAUGAGGAGAAAUUGUUUGAAUAAACACAUAAACAUCCAAUAAUGAUUAUAGUAAGUUCUUAGUUA